AUGUCUGAUUCAGAGGCUAGUAAUUUUUCGGGUAGUGGUUCCGAAGCAGGUAGUGUUGCUUCGAAUCGUUCAAGAAGAAGUGCUGUAUCAAAUCGAUCAGCAAAAUCUCGAUCGGUUUCACGUUCAAGAUCCCGGUCUCAUUCUGGUAGUAGAAGCCCUAAUCGCAGCCGAAGCCCUUCUAGAUCCCGUUCGCGAUCAAGAUCACGCUCUCGAAGCCAUUCUGUAGAAUCUGGUGGUGGUCGUAAUAAAGAUGAUGAAGCUAAAGAAGCAUCUGGUGAGGAGGAGGUAGAGGAUGAGCAAGAGCCUGAGGGAGAGGAUUUAGUUGACUCAGAGGAGUAUGAUGAAGAUGAGGAAGAAGAAAGAAGAAGAAAAAAGCGUAAGAAGGACAGCAGAUAUGGAGGGUUCAUUAUUGAUGAAGCUGAGGUUGACGAUGAAGUUGAUGAAGAUGAUGAAUGGGAGGAAGGUGCCCAAGAAAUGGGUAUUGUUGGCAAUGAAGUUGAUGAAAUUGGACCAACUGCCAGGGAAAUUGAGGGGCGGCGCAGAGGAACUAAUCUCUGGGACUCACAAAAAGAGGAAGAAAUAGAGGAAUAUCUUAGGAAUAAAUAUGCAGAUGAAUCAGCAGCACUUAGGCACUUCGGUGAAGGUGGUGAAGAAAUGUCUGAUGAGAUUACACAACAAACUCUUCUUCCGGGCAUCAAAGACCCCAACUUAUGGAUGGUCAAAUGUAGAAUUGGUGAAGAAAAAGCUACAGUUCUCUUACUGAUGAGGAAGUACAUUACAUACCAAUUUUCAGAACAACCAUUCCAAAUUAAGUCAGUUGUGGCACCUGAAGGUGUAAAAGGAUACAUUUACAUAGAAGCUUACAAACAGACUCAUGUUAAAGCUAUAAUAGAAAAUGUAGGAAAUCUACGAAUGGGUGUGUGGAAACAGGAAAUGGUUCCUAUUAAGGAAAUGACAGAUGUAUUAAGAGUUGUUAAGGAGCAGUCAGGUUUAAAACCAAAACAGUGGGUAAGACUAAAGAGGGGUCUUUAUAAAGAUGAUAUAGCUCAAGUAGAUUAUGUAGAUUUAGCUCAAAAUCAAGUUCAUCUUAAAUUAUUGCCGAGAAUUGAUUACACAAGACUGAGAGGUGCCUUAAGAACUGUACAAAGUGAAAGUGAGGCAGCAAAAAGGAAAAAGAAACGUCGUCCAGUUGCAAAGCCGUUUGAUCCUGAGGCUAUUAGGGCCAUCGGUGGUGAGGUAACAAGUGAUGGUGACUUUUUAAUAUUUGAGGGCAACAGAUACUCAAGAAAAGGAUUCUUAUACAAAAACUUUACUAUGUCUGCUAUACUUGCUGAAGGUGUGAAGCCGACUUUGACAGAAUUAGAACGUUUUGAAGAGCAACCCGAAGGGAUUGAUAUUGAACUUGCUGCUCCAGCAAAAGAUGAUCCCACAAGCUUACAUUCAUUCUCUAUGGGUGAUAAUGUUGAAGUGUGUUCCGGUGAUCUUGCAAACUUACAGGCUAAAAUUAUUGCGAUAGAUGGUUCUAUGAUUACAGUGAUGCCAAAACAUGAUGCUUUAAAAGAUCCUUUAGUUUUUAAACCAAAUGAAUUGAGGAAGUACUUCAAGCAAGGAGACCAUGUAAAAGUAUUAGCCGGUCGAUAUGAAGGUGACACGGGUCUUAUCGUCAGAGUGGAGCCACAACGAGUUGUGCUCGUAUCAGAUCUAACAAUGCACGAAUUAGAAGUUUUACCACGCGAUCUUCAACUUUGCUCAGAUAUGGCCACUGGAGUGGAUUCUCUUGGUCAAUUCCAAUGGGGUGAUAUGGUCCAAUUGGAUCCGCAAACGGUGGGCGUUAUCGUACGUUUAGAAAAAGAAAAUUUCCACGUCCUAGGCAUGCAAGGGAAAGUCUUAGAAUGCAAGCCUCAAGCCCUUCAAAAGCGUCGUGAGCAACGCUCCACAAUGGCUCUGGACGCUGAUCAAAAUACAAUUCAGAAGAAGGAUAUCGUCAAAGUGAUCGACGGGCCACACGCAGGUCGUUCCGGCGAAAUAAAGCAUUUGUACAGAAAUUUUGCAUUCCUACAAUCGAGGAUGUAUCUGGAUAAUGGUGGUAUUUUUGUGUGCAAAAACCGCCAUUUACAGUUAGCUGGUGGGGCAAAGAGUAAUGCGACAACAAAUAGUCUGGGAUUGGGUUUCAUGUCCCCGCGUAUUCAGUCGCCGAUGCAUCCGUCCGGACGUGGAGGAGCAAGUGUGAGGGAAAGAGGGGGCCGAUGGGGGAGAGGGGGCAUGGUGGCGAGGGACAGGGAGCUAAUUGGCGUGACGAUAAAGAUCACUGGCGGUCCAUACAAGGGAAAUGUGGGCAUAGUGAAGGAUGCCACAGCUAGUACCGCGAGAGUGGAGCUUCACUCGACCUGUCAGACAAUAUCCGUGGACCGCAGCCAUAUUGCAGCUGCAGCAGGUGCAGGAGGCACGGCACGUGGAGGAGCAUCCAGUUACAGCCGUACCCCAAUACGGGCGUCUGGGGCUCAUACCCCCACAUACCGAGACACUGGCAUCAAGACCCCCAUGCAUGGAUCGGCGACACCCAUUUACGAGGCUGGAAGUCGUACCCCGCAUUAUGGCUCGAGUACCCCUGCACACGAGGGCAGUCGUACCCCAGCCCAUGGGGCAUGGGACCCCACAGCUGCGAACACACCCGCGAGGCAAGACUUCGAUUAUGGAUUGGAUGACGAACCCCCAUCUACUUAUGAGGGUACUUCGUAUACACAGGGUCCCUUCACACCACAAACUCCAGGAACAAUGUACGGCUCAGACCAUACAUACAGCCCGUAUCGUCCCAGUCCCAGUCCCAGUGGCUAUACCGGAGGAUAUAUGGGUACACCCAGUCCUGGCGGAUAUUCCCCCCGCUCCCCUUACGCGGGGGGUUCCCCUACUCCCGAUUGGCAUGCGCCAGAUCUUGAAGUCAGAAUUCGGGAUAGUGAUAGUGGCUUGGGAGGCCAAACGGGGGCUUUGAGGGGCGUUAGUGGAGGUGUGUGUACGGUAUACCUCCAGGGUGAAGAUAGGUCGGUCAGUUUGCAAGCUGACUUGUUGGAGCCGGUCGUUCCGCAGCGCGGGGACAAAGUUAAGGUUAUAUCUGGCGAUGACCGUGAGGCUGUAGGUCAAUUAAUCUCGAUCGAGGACAAGGAGGGCGUGGUCAAAUUUGUCGGCACAGACGACAUCAAGAUUAUGCAGUUGCGGCGUCUUUGCAAAAUGGCCACAGCUUAG